AUGUCUCCCCGAGGUACCUUUCUCCUUUCGAUCGCGACGCUGGCCGCUGCUGGGCACGUCAGUGCGCAGGGCGACGAGACUGAGCUCGCCAGGGCAAAUUCAGAGUUCGGUUUGAGCCUUCUCAAGGAGCUCUGCUCUACCAGGAAGCCUCAAGAAAACGUCUUCUUCUCCCCAAGCAGCAUCUUCGCAGCGCUGACCAUGGUCUACGCUGGUGCAAAGGGUAGGUCUGCCGCAGAUCUUGAGACUGUCCUAGGCCUACGCAGGGCAAAAAUCACGACGCGGGACGCCGUUCUUGGGACGUACAGGACGUACCUGAAUAAUCUCCAGUCGCCCAGCGUGACCCUGAAGAUAGCCAACGCAGCUCUGGUCGACAAAAGGCUUGGACUUCUCGAGAGCUACAAGCGGGACCUGGCUGAGACGUUUAGUGCCAAGGUUCGGUCUGUUGAUUUCCAAAACAAUUUGAAAAAAGUUGUGUCCGAAAUUAACCAAUGGUUCAAGAGCAAGACAAGCGGCAAAAUUUCCGAUAUGGCUAGCGAAGAAUCUUUACGCGGGGGAGUGAUGGUGCUCAUGAACGCUAUAUAUUUCAAAGGCUCUUGGAAGAACGCCUUCGACACCAAUCAAACAUCUCAUUUUCCGUUCUACAAUGGAGGCAUCGAACCUGUCCAGGUGAAAACUAUGACGUGCAGGAGUACUAUGAACUAUUGUACGCUACCCGAGCUCAAGUCUCAAGCCGUCCAGCUUCCAUACUCCGGGGACCGAUACAGCAUGGUCAUUGUUCUUCCAAACGACAGGGCCGGACUUCCUCAGCUCAUACGAGCCCUCUCUGUAAGAACAAUUCUCACUCUUUUGAAGAAACUGUCUCCGCACCAAGUGAAACUCAGACUCCCGAAGUUCGAGUUAAGUACAAAGUACAAGCUAGUGGAUGCGUUGAAGAAGCUGGGCUUAAUAUCCAUAUUCAGCAAUCAAGCCGACCUGUCGGGGAUCUCCGGUGACAGGAAUCUCAUAGUGUCAGACGUAGUGCACAAAGCUAUGGUGGGUGUGAGCGAAGAAGGGACCGUCGCAACCGCUGCUACAGAGCUCAAGUUUGUGGUUUCCAGCGGCGGCUAUCCUGAUAUUGCGGAGUUUUACGUCGACCACCCUUUUUUGUUUCUCAUCUGUGAUACCGCCAUAAACCAGAUUCACUUUAUUGGUGCGGUUCAUAAAUUGUGA